AAACACAGAUGAGGAACACAACACAGUCCACCACGGGAGAGAAACUAGUGUUAGAUUAUUGACCCUGAAACUGUCAGAAAGUGAACAAAAAUAUAGAAAAGGGAAAAUGAACAGAGAACAUGGGAAAAGCGUUAAUGAUAGCUAUGAAAAUGACUUUGUUACAAAAGGAACAUUUGGAAAAAGGACCACAGACAGUCACACAACGAGAAUCCAGUCAUCUGAACUCACAGGAAGUGAUGAUGUGAUGAUCAGAUACUCCAGAGCAGCUGCAGUAGUGUUUGUGCUGCUGUGUGUUCUUCUGCUGACUGCACGCAUAAUACUGUGUGCCACCUUCACUCAAGAGAGACAACAGCUACUAACUAAGAUCACCAGCCUCACAGAAGAGAGACAACAGCUACUAACUAAGAUCACCAACCUACUAACCAACAAUAUGAACCUCACAGAAGAGAAAGAACAGCUACUAACUAAGAUCACCAACCUCAAAGAAGAGAGAGACCAGUUCAAAUCAGAAAGCAAUGAACUUCAGAAGGGUGUUGCAGAUGGAUGGAAGUGCCAUCAAUCCAGUCUUUACUUCAUUUCCUCUGAGAUGAAGAGCUGGACUGAGAGCAGAAGAUACUGUAGAGAGAGAGCAGCAGAUCUGAUCAUCAUCAACAACACAGAGGAACAAGAUUUUGUGAAGAUCAUUUCUGGUGGUUCUGAAUAUUUCUGGAUUGGUCUGACUGAUAUUGAAGUGGAGGGCAGAUGGAAAUGGGUUGAUGGCAGCAACAUCACCUCUGGGUUCUGGGCGUCUGGAGAGCCAAACAGCUUUCAGGGAAAAGAGGAAGACUGUGCUCUAAAUCAUUUACCAGGAUGGGCUGAUUAUCCAUGUGAUUAUAUGUCUAAAUGGAUCUGUGAAAAGAGUGUUUUUAAAUGAUACAUUAUACAGUAUAUAUAGAGACAGAGUAUUAUGAACCGGGGUGCACAUAAUGUUUUCAGCUUGGUUCUCAUAAGAGAACCUGGAGAUUUGGUUUGGUCCUCACACUGCAUAUACCGUGACCCAUUAAAUAUAAC